CGUGUGCGCGCCGGCGCGGGCUGUGACGUGACGUUGGCGGGCGCGCGCAGCGUGCCUCCCGGAAAGGAGCGGAAUCUCCAGGAAGCUGGUGGCCGGGAUGCGGUGCGCUCGUGGCCACCCGCCCCCCCGGAGCCGCGGCCCGCCCAGCAGGGGGGCCCUGGCUCCAUGAAGACCCUAGCUCCGAUAUUGUCCUUGUGGAUGACAAGAGCUGACUCCCACAACAUUGCCUGGUCCUCAGCCUUCCAGUAUGGGGAGGAUUGGCAUUUCCUGUCUCUUUCCUGCUUCUUGGCACUUUAGCAUCUCUCCAGUGGGCUGUCCUCGAAUUCUGAAUACCAGUUUGCGCCAGAUCAUCGUCAUUAGCAUCCUGGCCGCAGCUGUCUCCCUCUUAUACUUUUCUGUUGUCAUAAUACGCAGCAAGUAUGGGUGGCUGUCGAGGGACAAGAAAUUCCAAAGGUACUUGGCCCGAGUCACGGACGUUGAGGCUACAGACACCAACAACCCUAACGUGAACUAUGGCAUCGUGGUGGACUGUGGCAGUAGUGGGUCUCGGAUAUUUGUCUAUUGCUGGCCUCGGCACAAUGGCAAUCCUCAUGAUCUGCUGGACAUCAGACAGAUGAGGGACAAAAACCGAAAGCCGGUGGUGAUGAAAAUUAAACCCGGCAUCUCAGAGUUUGCUACCUCUCCAGAAAAAGUCAGCGAUUACAUUUCUCCACUUCUGAACUUUGCUGCAGAACAUGUACCACGAGCAAAACACAAAGAGACACCUCUCUACAUUCUCUGCACGGCUGGAAUGAGAGUUCUUCCUGAAAGCCAGCAGAAAGCCAUCCUGGAGGACCUCUUGACCGACAUCCCCGUGCACUUUGACUUCCUGUUUUCUGACUCCCAUGCUGAAGUCAUCUCAGGAAAACAAGAAGGUGUGUAUGCUUGGAUCGGCAUUAAUUUUGUCCUUGGACGGUUUGAGCAUAUUGAAGAAGAUGAUGAGGCGGUUGUGGAAGUCAACAUCCCCGGUAGUGAGAGCAGUGAGGCCAUCGUCCGGAAAAGGACAGCCGGUAUUCUUGACAUGGGAGGCGUGUCCACUCAGAUAGCGUACGAAGUCCCCAAAACUGUAAGCUUUGCCUCCUCACAGCAGGAGGAAGUAGCUAAAAACUUGUUAGCUGAAUUCAACCUGGGGUGUGAUGUUCAUCAGACUGAGCAUGUGUACCGCGUCUAUGUGGCCACAUUUCUCGGGUUUGGUGGUAAUGCUGCUCGGCAGAGAUAUGAAGACAGACUAUUCGCCAGCACGGUUCAGAAAAACAGGCUCCUGGGUAAACAGACUGGCCUGACUCCCGAUGCUCCGUUCCUGGACCCCUGCUUGCCUCUGGACCUUAAAGAUGAGAUCCAGCAAAAUGGAAAGACCCUGUACCUUCGGGGGACAGGAGACUUUGACCUGUGUCGAGAGACCCUCCAGCCUUUCAUGAACAAAACCAAUGAGACACAUACUUCCCUCAAUGGAGUCUACCAGCCCCCAAUCCACUUCCAGAAUAGUGAAUUCUAUGGUUUCUCUGAAUUCUACUAUUGCACCGAGGAUGUCUUGCGAAUGGGGGGAGACUACAAUGCUGCUAAAUUUGCUAAAGCUGCCAAGGAUUACUGUGCCACAAAGUGGUCGAUCUUGCGGGAGCGCUUUGACCGAGGACUGUAUGCCUCUCAUGCCGACCUCCAUCGGCUUAAAUAUCAGUGUUUCAAAUCAGCCUGGAUGUUUGAGGUGUUCCACACGGGCUUCUCCUUUCCUGUCACAUACAAAAACCUGAAGACAGCCUUGCAGGUGUAUGAUAAGGAAGUGCAGUGGACGCUGGGUGCCAUCCUUUACAGGACCCGCUUUUUGCCCUUGAGGGACAUCCGGCAGGAGGUGUUCCGGGCCGGCCAUGGCCACUGGCGGGGUGUGUCCUUUGUCUACAACCACUAUCUGUUCUCUGGCUGCUUCUUGGUCGUCCUGCUGUCCAUCCUGCUCUACCUGCUUCGGCUGCGGCGCAUCCAUCACAGGGCACCCCGAACUGGUUCUCUGUGGAUAGAGGAAGGGCUACCCUCCCAGAAGGGCCCUGGCCCCUUGUGACACUGUGUCAGCCUAAGGAGGACUCUACAGGAAAAGCCAUUUUCACCUCAGGGUUUCUCUGUAUGCUCAGACGGUUUUGUGAUCCCUUUGCUUUCUGUUAAAACGGAACCCAAUGAUUACAAACCCUACUGUCUAGA